UCACUCUUUUCUCCCCCGACUUCGUCUUCUUUUUUUCUCUAAACUCAAAAUUUCUUUUGCAGAGAAUGAGAAAACGUUCUGUUUAGGUAUUCUUGAAUUGCAAGACUUUGUAGCUUAAUUUGAAUUUAAGCUCAAAUGGAUUUGAAUUGGGGCACUUCAGGUCUCAAGAAGAUGAAAAAAUUAAGAGGGUUUCUUCAAGUUUCAAGAUCAAAGCAAUAAAUUGUGAAAUAUGAUAAUUUUGGUGCAACACAUCAGAACACUUCUUCCAGGAUUGAAAUCAUGCAUUUGUGCUGCACUUGUGACUGCUGCAAAGGAGCAUGCUAGCUCUGGGGAGAUCAUGGAGUCCAAUGUAUCUUCUCUUGUCUUCCCGACGCUUUACUAGACACUGUCCUGAAGUUCUCGGGAGUUCGUUGUCAUUAUCACCAAUUUGGAGUCCUGGAGGAUUUCUUCCUGCUAGGUGUACUGUAGUUUGUUCAGCUAGUGUUCCCGAACUUUUUAUUGACAUUGUUGUGCUAUUCCCCUGAAUCUAGGCUGGUAUGGGUGCUCUCUUCUGAGCGUUCUUUUCAACUACAGUGAAGGAAGUUGAUCCUUGUGAAGAUUAAACCGAUGAUGACAUCCUAACUGCCAUUCAAAAUGCAAUGGGUCCCAAAUCCGCUUUAUUUGUGCAAGAAGUAACUUCAAAGGAUUAGCCCAUUCCCUUACGUUUGCUUUUGAGCCAGUAGUUCAGCACUUUCGAGAAUACUUGUUGUAGUUUUUAUGACAUUUGAUUGAUUGCAUCUUAACAAUUGUGUGAAUACGCAGGUCCCAUUUGAAGUUCACAUCUGAAGGCAAAUAGCAUGUUUAAUGAAACCGAGUUUUCAGUGUGCAAGAUUUAUAUAUGAUGAGCUGCUUAAAAUGAGCCAUCAUUUUAUGGUCAAUGAGUUGCAACGGCUCCCAGUUUUGGGAAAGCGCAUGGAUGAGGUUAUAGGAAAUUUUUUGCAUGAAGAACUGGGGCCUUCAGAAGUAAUGAUUAUUGAUUGGACACAUCAUUGAGAUGGAGAUGGAUUACAUAAGUACUUCACAUCAAAUGGCACCAACAAUUUUGGUGCAACACUUCAAAACACUUCUUCCAGGAUUGAAAUCAUACAUUAGUACUGUACUUGUGACUGCUGCAAAGGAGCAUGCUAGCUAUGGAGAGAUCAUGGAAUCAAAGAUUAUCCAUCAUUGUAUGGUCAAUGAGUUUCAACAGUUCCCAAUUUUGAGAAAGUGCAUGAUUGAGGUGAUAGGAAAAUUUUUGCGUGAAGGACUGGGACCUUCAGAAGUAAUGAUUGGACACAUCAUUGAGAUUGAAGUAUGUCAAUUUGACACAUCAUUGAGAUGGAGAUUUUAGUGCAGCACAUUAAAAUACUUCUUCCAGGAUUGAAAUCACACAUUAGGCUUGCACUUGUGACUGCUGCAAAGGAGCAUGCUAGCUACGGAGAGAUCAUGGAAUCAAAGGUAACUUUAUGCUUUACUAGGCACUGGCCUGAAGUUCUGGGGUGUUCGUUGUCAUAUUACUACCAAUUGUUGAGCCCUGGAGGGUUUCUUUCUUAUAGUUUUUUUGUAAUUUGUUCAGUUAGUGAACUUUUUAUUGACAUCGUUGUGCUAAUCCCCUGAAUCUAGGCUGGUAUAUGUGCUCUCCUUCUGAACAUUCUUUUCAAGUACAUUGAAGAUAUUGUGGCCUAAACCUAUGCAAUAUUUGAUAAUUGUCGUCUACAAGUUUCUAUCUCCUAUAUCUAAUGUUGCUUUCCAGUAUAAAAUAUCAAUAUUAGUUUACCAUUUACACUUCUAAUUUU